AAAAAUAGUGUAGUAUCUGCUACCAAUUCAGCAUUAAGAUGUUGUUUGUCUCAUAAACUAGCUAAAAAUAUGAGUUUUUUGGGAUCAAGAAAUAAUAAAAAGGCUUUUAAUAAUAAUAUACUUAAAAAAGUCAUUGUUGAUUCUGUAAAACUAGCCAUACCAGGUUCAACUACCAGGAAUAUAGAAGACUGCAUCAAAACUUGGCUAAAACGGGCACCUAAACACUACAAGUUAGAACAAAUAAAAUUAAAUAAAACUGAAGAUGCCAUAUAAACUGUUGUAGGCAAAAGACAAUUUUAUAGGAGGUUAAAGAAACGUAGGGAAAUAAUUUGUAAAGACUUAAAUAGUGUAAAAAUGGGAAAUAAGGUAAACCAUGAGAAUUAUAAUGUAAAGCAUGUUGAUACUACUGAUAAUUUAAAUACAGAUGUAAAUGUUGGGUGUGAACCCAGUCAUAAUUCUUUAGGCAUCCUUAAAACUUUAAAUAAUUCAAAUAAUUCUUUGCUAAAUGAGACGAUUCAAUUAAAUACUGUAGUUCCAAGUAAACAUGACACAACUGUAUUCGAAAUUGUACCAGAAAAGUCUCAAUGUUCUAAUAAAUUAGGAAUAUGUGAGGAAUUAAGGAAUUGGGUAAUUAGGUCAGGCAGUCUACCACAUAAUAGUGUUACAGACUUACUGCACGUUUUGUCAAAGUAUCAUUCUGAACUUCCUCUAGAUUGUCGUACCUUACUCAAAACUCCAACCAAAACUUUAAUGCGCCCCUUGAAUAAAGGAAACUAUUGUCACCUAGGAAUUUCUACAGCAUUAGGAAAUUUUUUGUUACGCAAUCCAAAAUUUACUGAAUCUGUAAUUGAAAUAGCUUUUAAUAUCGACGGAUUACCUCUAUAUAAGAGUUGCAAUAGUCAGCUUUGGCCAAUUUUAGGCCAAAUAAAAAAUUUUAAUAGUCAACCUUUUGCUAUUGGAAUAUUUUAUGGAUCUUCUAAACCAAAGCCUUUGAAUCUGUUUCUUGAUGAUUUUAUAUCUGAAUUAAAACAUUUAAUUGAUAAUAAAUUUUGCUUUAAAGGCAAAUUUUAUGAAAUAAAAGUGUUUGCAUUUAUUUGUGAUGCACCAGCACGUUCAUUUCUAAAAUGUAUCAAGUCCCAUAAUGGAUAUUCUUCAUGUGAAAAAUGCAUUGAAGUAGGAGACUAUAUUGAAGGCCGAAUCGUUCUCAAGUCUGUUACAAAUCAAAAACGUACUGAUGAUAGUUUUUUGCAACAGACUGAUGAUGACCAUCAUACAGGUAUUUCACCUUUGGUGAAACUUUCAGUUGGAAUGGUAUCCAAGUUUCCUAUUGACUAUAUGCAUACAGUGUGCUUAGGUGUAGUCAGAAAGCUGUUGCAUACUUGGACAAGUGGGCCACUUAAGGUUAGGUUGUGUAGUUCCAAAGUUCAAAAAAUAUCUGGCACUUUAGAACAUUUUAGUAAGUCCAUUCCUAUAGAAUUUAAUAGGAAAUCCCGGUCACUUUCAGAACUGGCAAGAUGGAAAGCUACCGAAUUUAGAACGUUUCUUUUAUAUUUAGGGCCAGUUGUUUUAAAAGGUACCAUACCUGUUGCUAUUUACGAACAUUUUUUAUUAUUGCACUGUGCGAUAAAUAUAUUAAUAUCAAAACAACGCUUGUCAGAUAUUGGAGUAAAUUAUGCAGAUACCCUUUUAAAAACCUUUGUUACACACUGUUCAAAAAUUUAUGGUCAGAUAUAUUUAGUUUAUAAUAUUCAUUAUUUGUGCCAUUUAAGUGAUGAUGUUCUUCAUUAUGGUCCUCUUGACCAGUUUUCAGCAUUUCCAUUUGAAAAUGCCUUAAAUCAAAUGAAACGGCUGGUCAAAUCAACAACUAAUCCUUUAGCACAAAUAUGUAAUAGAUUGGUAGAAGCUAACAGUGUCAUUUUAGAGCCAAAUAAAAUAAAAAAAACACAACUUAAAAUGAAACAUUCUAGUGGCCCUUUACUUUCUGAACACCUUUUCUCUGCACAACAUAAACAGGUAGUUUUCAGUGAUAUAACAUUGUCAAUAUUUGCUCAUUCCAAUGCAGAUUGUUACAUUAUGUAUAAUUCAGAUAUAAUGCAGAUUCAAAAUAUAGUUUGUGAUAACCAGAAAUUUGUAAAAAUUAUAACAAAAGUAUUUAAAUCAAAGUCUGCCUGGUAUAAUUACCCUUUUUCUUCAGAGCGUUUAAAUAUAUACCUAGUUUCUGAUUUAUCUGAAAAUUUAACUAUCUGGCCACUAAACAAAAACCUAAUAGUAAAAUGUAUUUUCCUUCAGUUAGAUGAUAAUCAGUGGGUAUCAUUUCCUAUUGUACAUUCAUUGAAUGAACAUAAUAAAUAAAUUCAGAAGCAUGUGAGAAAACUUAUUAUGUAGCAUUUAAAAUUUCUAAUUAUUACCAUACUUGAGGCCUUACUAUCAUGUUACACUAAUAUUUUAUCACUUAACAACAGGUGUGUUUCCAAAUUUAAAAUUUACGUUUUAUUUAGAAUCAAAUUUAAAUGUUAUUUUAGUAUUUUAGUAGUAUUUAUAAAUAUAAUAAUGUAUGUCGUAUUAGUAUGUAUAAAAAAAUUCAAAAACAGAUUUAUAUUUAUUUUGAUGGAGAUACUAAUUUUUCCUAAUUGCACCAUCGACAUUUCAACCCUCAAACAGUUGUGUGAACAACCCCUAAGAUUUAAAUAGGAAAUGUACCUACCAAGUGUAGCACAUUUUUAAAAAGGUAAUUUUAUGAUGAGUUUAGAAGGCUUCAAUAUCCAAUAUUGCUGCACCAAAUUCUGAUAUUAACGCUCUCAUGUGGGAGAAAUAAUACUUAAUUUAAAGUGUGACACCUCAUUUGAGAGCUAUUUUUAUUAGCAAAUUAAUAACAAGAAAUAAUAUUUAGAAACUAUAUUUUAAAAGUGAAAUUACCUAAACAGUUAACAGACUUAACAGGAUCACAUUUUUCAGAUUCAUUUUCACUUAAUAUGAUUUCAGGAUAAUAUCUGUGGCUUGGUUCUAAAAGGGCCAGUGUCAAUAUUUUACUUUUUUGUAAAGCUUUAUUUAAAAUUUAAUAUUGACCAAACAAAACACAAAAAAUUGACAUUGGCCAUUUUAACACCAAGCCAUUUUAAUUUGGUGUUAAAAUGGCCAAUGUCAAUUUUUUUCAUUUUGUUUUGUCAAUAUUAAAUUUUAAACAAAGCUGUACAAAAAAGCAAAAUUGGCCCUUUUAGAACCAAGCCACAGAUAUUAUUUAUUGCUUUAAAUUGCUAAUAAAAAAAAAGAAUGUGUGUGUACUUUGUACACACGUAAGAAGUUAUACUUCUAUUAUAUGAUUUCAACGAAAUAAAGAUACUUAAAAGUUUAUUUGUAUUUUAUUUAAAUAAUAAACUUAUUUUGAUAUUAUCACUUUCAAAAAUUUUUUAUUAACACCAAAAAUUAAAAAAAAAAGGAUAACAAUCGUCCGUGUCAGGAUUUGAACACGGGACCUUCGCGUUAUGUAAUCGAAUGCUCUACCAAUAACCCAUCAGGGUUUUGUUUUUACGGCUUCUGGGACGUAAUUACAAACGACGGUGACAAAUAGAUCAAGUGAAGUAUUAAAUAUAAAAAUGUUUAAAAUACUUAUUAUCUUACUCCCAAGGAAGACAAAUCCAAAGACACAAAAAUAAUAAAUAUAUUUACUAAAAACACUAAUAUAUCAUUUUCAAACCUUAGUUGCGCUGAUACAUACAUAAAUUGGAUGAUUUAGCAAUUAACAACAUACUGUCGGUGUGCGCAUGCGCCAGGGAAUGUAAAAAUUCACCCUCGUGUCUAAAGAAGUAUAACUUCAAAAAGCUUUAAAGUGAGGUGAGACACUUUGAAUUACAUGUUUGUUUUCCCACAAGUGGUCCCUAGAAUCGGAAUUUGGUAUUGCUGAAUUCCCUAUAAAAUUACCUUUUUAAAAUUAGUACAUUCUCUAUUUAAAUUUUAGGAGUUGUUUACCUCACUGCUCGAGGGUUGAAGUGGCGAUGGUGAAAUUAGGAAAAAAGUGCCCUCGAAAUAAAAAUUGACCUGUGUUUGCAUAUUUUUUAAAAGUCUCUAAGUUCUACUAAAUAAAUACAUUUUUAAUACUUUA